ACUGCCGCGAGUAAAAUGACCUACGCGGCAGCAGUACGUGUGACGCCUAGCCAAGAAGGCCCACCAACCAAAAACCCGAUAGCAAGUCUAGUACAAAAGACUGAGCAUUCACUUUUGGUCUUUCCGAAAGAUAAAACUAAGAGCAGCGAUGAAGUAAAGACUUUGCUUCAAAAACAUAUCGAUCCCUUUAAGCUGGGUAUUGGUGUCCGUAACGUCCGUAGAAUACGGAAUAAUGGAGUUCUUGUAGAGGUUAGAAGACCACAAGAGCUCCGUAAGCUACAACUAGAGUUGACGGAAGGUCCUGCCGCGUUAAAAGAGGCUGUCACACACAGACUGCCCCAGAAACGUAGACCGACCGUCAUCAUCUUCGACGUCUCGCCGGACGUCCCCCGCGAAAGUCUUGUGGAUACUCUCGCCAAGCAAAAUGGCAUACGGUUGCAGCCGGGGGCACUGCAGCCGCGUUUCCCUCUUAAGGGAAAGGGAGGACUCGUUAACUGGGUUAUUGAGACCUCCCCUGAGGUAUACCGCACUCUCCUGCAGAAGGAGAGAGUCCAUUUGGGCUGGACUCGCAACCGGGUAAGGGAAUAUAUAGCUUGUACCCGGUGCUACCGAUGCUAUGCCUUCGGGCAUGUAGCUAAGAACUGCCCAUCGGCAGCUCAAAAGUGUAGCAAAUGUGCCGAUGAUCACUCCUAUAAGGAGUGUAAGGCACCCAGGCCGAAGUGCAUUAACUGCACUAAGGCCGCCCGUAAGUUCGGUCUUCAGUUGGACCCCACACACUCUUCAAUGAGUGCCAACUGCCCGUGUUACCUGCGGGAACUCGAGCGAGUUAAGGCCCGGACAGAUUAUGGUCAGUAA